UCUCGUCCUCACCACGAAUCCAAUAUGAUGGAUGAACACAGAGCUCGCCAAAUGGAGCCACGAUGCUCUAUCCAGGACCCAUCAAGUGAGCUUAUCCUUAUGGUCAUGGAUUACCUCCCUUUUUCAACGCAGUUCGACCUGGCUUGCGUCUGCAAACGACUCGCGAUAUCUUCGCGUGGUGCACUGGAACGCCACCAGGACUCGUACGCGAAGUAUCGGGUUGCAUCUGACCUGGAUCCGUCUACUGUGCCCCUGUUGCUGCGAAGUGCUUUUGGGCAGGAAAACCCUAUCGCAGCAUGGAAUGUGCGGUCGUUCGAGGUCUGGAGAGACCGGACACAGUGGUCUGAAUGGCAAAAAUUUGACCUUUACGCGCCAAUGGUCAGUGGGCAGAUGGGCAAGCCUGCGAACCAUGGAGUAACGAGAGAAGACGUUAGACGAUACCUGUCCUGGUUCGAGGAACAACUGGGAGAGGAUCUCGAACUUGGAACUCUUGAAGAGGUCCUUAAUUAUGUUGAAAGUGGUCACGACGGGCUUCUGAAGGCCUUACUCUUUGCUAAGCUUGAGCGCCUCCAGGAUCUGAAGUUCAUCACACGUUCACAGGAAGAAGGCUCCUGUCUCAGUUCCUUGAAAGCAUUGAUAGCUGAGUGCAUCAAGAGCACGCAGAAAAAGAACUUCUGGCCGAAAGGAUUUUGCAGCAUCCAGAACGUGGCUGUGGGUGUGGAUUCGGGCACCUGGAUGACGGAUGAUCGCGAUGAAGAACAUUGUUCGUCCUUAUUCUCACAUCUACUCCGGCUGCCUUCGCUAGACAUCAUUUGCUUUAAGGGGCUUCGUGCUUGGAGUGAUGGAGACAGUAUGGACUACAACUACAAUGAAGAGGAAGAACAGUGCAUAAGCAACAUCCUAACAGAAGGGAGCUCUUCCGUUCAACACAUCUUCCUACAUGGUUGUAGUGGGACUUUUGGCGAGGAUCAAGAUAUCUUUUGGUCUGCGCCACGGCAACUGGCGACUAUGUCGAUCCGAUUCGAUGGGCCCGAUGAUUUUGACGGAUCUACUGGAACGGCUAACGUUGUCGCGAGAGUUCAAAAGAAUUCGCUUCAGAGCCUGAUGUGGUAUGGCUAUACGAGCGGGUGGGGCGACUAUCCUCGUAACAUAGUGGGAGAUCAUUGUGCUAUCAUGGACAAUGAGGACUUUGAACACUUCGAGACAUUGCCAGCUAUGAAGCACAUGUCAAUUUGCAUGUCGGACAUAGAGCUCUGCAUGGAGCGCGAAGGCAUAUACGACCGUUUUAGGUUCGCAUCCAGGGGUGAGCCAGACACUUUGGUUGUUCGGUAUUUCGCUACAAUGUUCCCACCCACAUUGGAGACAUUGGUCUUGUGGGAUGAAGCUGACGAGCAUCUCACUAGACUGGUUGAGCGCGGCCUUAUCAAGAUGAUGCAAAAUGGACGAUACAAAACUCUCAAGCGGAUCUUCUCAGAGCCUAUGGAAUCAGCAUGUCAAGGCUGGAGUGAAGGGAAGUUGUGGUUUAAGGACGCGAUCGCGGCGGGUAUGGAGGCUGGUGUAGACGUGUACACACUCUCCUCAAACCAGGAAGAGAUGCCGCAUUCGAUUGAGUUUGCGGAAGCCCCAGAUAAGUACGACCUGCACUCUGGGAUUUAUUCUGGUAUUCGACCCAGUGGCUGGGUUUUCGAUCCCUAUUUGGGCCGCAAGAUUCCCCUACGCUGUAAAGCGGAAAGGUAUAAAGCACUUUUAGCGAAACACAAGACCGAGC